AAGACACUCAUCUGGUGUGUGAGUCUGCAGGUGAAACUGCUUAGGUGAAAAGCGCGGAGUCGGAGCGGGGACACGCUGGGCUACAGCCUAGGAUGGAAUCCGCCCGCCUCGGAAGCUGCUCUGCUCGCGGCUGCUCGGGCAGCGUCUUCGCUGAGCUCAGAGGACACCGUUAGCGUUUGCCCGGGGAUGUGCACCUGCCGUGCGCGGCGAGCGUCCGGGCAGGUCUGCAGGCAGCCGAGGGAGCACUGAAGCUGGAGGAACUGUCUCUACCCAUGGGCAACGCAGUAAUUCCGGGAGAGAGACAGGGCGAGUGAGUCUCUACAGAGUUGGGAGGAAGGCACGAGCUUGGCUUUCUCUUCGGUGCAGGGAUAGAGGACUCCCCGGGUUGGGGUUGGUACUUUCCUUCCCUCUCCACCCGCGAGCGCCCCGACCCAGCGUCCGAGCCUCUCUUCAAACAUGCUGUGGAUGCCGGGCAUCCUGGCUGCUCAGCUGGAAGAAGGCAGCAGGCAAGUGGUCUGACGGCGGCGCGGCGGCGGCGGCAGCAGCAGCGAAGCAGGGAGCAAGAUUUGAAAAGAGACAUCCGCUCCCUUUCACACGCUGAGGGGGAGGCAUUCACGUUUUCCCCAAAUGAGAAGGAGCCACGAGACAUCAUGAAGUAAAAACUUUGGAAAGCUGCCAUUGGAGAUGUUGCACAAAAACCUGGAACCUUUCAGGAGUCUCCUCCCAGGCGGUGGAGGUUUGGGGAGCAGCUGAUAGAGCAAGGAGGGCUCUUGCAGGACUCAAGUUGAGGACGCUGAGCCAAGAGAGGUGGAGCCAACCUGAGAAGCCAGGCGUUCUGGCUCUGUGGUCUCUACUCGUUACUCCUCCACUGCGGAGCAGCUGAUGGGGACUCAGUGCCUGGGGGAGGAAGGAAGACAGUUCCAGGAGCCCUGGAGGAGCGGCACAGAGCAGGAGAGUGUGGCGAGAGAAUGAAGACACCAACCCCCCGGGAGAAGCAUGAGGUGGCAGAGCAGCGCUCGGUUUAGAGGGCUUCGGCCGGUGGCGGCGGCCCCAUGGGCAACUCUACUGGCUCUAGGCCUCCCCGGUUGGGUGCUGGCUGUCUCGGCCACGGCUGCCGCUGUGGUUCCCGAGCAUCAUGCCUCCACGGCCGGCCAGCCGCCCCUGGACUGGCUUCUUACCGAUCGGGGCCCCUUCCACCGCGCGCAGGAGUACACGGACUUUGUGGAGCGCUACCGCCAGGGUUUCACCACCAGAUACAGGAUCUACAGGGAGUUUGCACGUUGGAAAGUGAACAACCUGGCUCUGGAAAGGAAGGACUUCUUUAGUUUGCCACUGCCUCUUGCCCCAGAGUUUAUCCGGAACAUACGCCUCCUGGGAAGGAGACCCAACCUGCAACAGGUCACCGAAAACCUGAUCAAAAAGUAUGGCACUCAUUUCCUACUUUCUGCCACCCUCGGAGGAGAAGAGUCGCUGACCAUCUUUGUGGACAAGCGGAAACUGAGCCGGAAGUCGGAGACGGCAGGAAGUGCCUCUGUGAUCGGGGGCAGUGGGAACAGCUCCGCUGUGUCCCUGGAGACCCUGCACCAGCUGGCAGCCUCCUACUUCAUCGACAGAGAGAGCACCCUGCGGCGGCUGCACCACAUCCAGAUAGCCACGGGGGCCGUCAAGGUCACGGAGACCAGGACUGGCCCCCUGGGCUGCAGCAACUACGACAACCUGGACUCAGUCAGCUCUGUUCUGGUACAGAGUCCGGAGAACAAGGUGCAACUACUUGGCCUGCAGGUGCUGCUGCCCGAGUACCUGCGUGAGCGCUUUGUGGCCGCUGCGCUCAGCUACAUCACUUGCAGCUCCGAGGGCGAGCUCAUCUGCAAGGGGAAUGACUGUUGGUGCAAGUGCAGCCCCACCUUCCCAGAAUGCAACUGUCCUGACGCCGACAUCCAGGCCAUGGAGGACAGCCUGCUGCAGAUCCAGGACUCCUGGGCGACUCACAACCGGCAGUUCGAGGAGUCAGAGGAAUUCCAGGCCCUGCUGAAGCGGCUGCCGGAUGACAGAUUCCUGAACUCCACAGCCAUCUCCCAGUUCUGGGCGGUGGACACCAGCCUCCAGCACCGCUACCAGCAGCUGGGAGCCAGCUUGCGAGUGCUGUUCAAGAAGACCCAUCGCAUCGUCCGCCGGCUCUUCAACCUCUGCAAGCGCUGUCACCGGCAGCCCCGCUUCCGUCUGCCCAAGGAGAGGUCCUUGCCGUACUGGUGGAACCGUAUGCAGUCCCUCCUCUACUGUGGGGAGAGCACCUUCCCCGGAACCUUCCUGGAACAGAGCCACAGCUGCACCUGCCCCUACGACCAGUCUUCUUGCCAGGGCCCCAUCCCCUGUGCCUUGGGCGAAGGGCCCGCCUGUGCCCACUGUGCCCCAGACAACAGUACCCGCUGCGGGAGCUGCAACCCGGGCUACGUGCUCGCCCAGGGGUUGUGCCGCCCCGAGGUGGCCGAGUCCCUAGAGAACUUUCUGGGGCUGGAGACAGACCUGCAGGACCUGGAGCUGAAGUACUUGCUGCAGAAGCGGGACAGCCGCAUCGAGGUGCACUCCAUCUUCAUCAGCAACGACAUGCGUCUGGGCAGCUGGUUUGACCCCUCCUGGAGGAAGCGCAUGCUGCUCACCCUCAAGAGCAACAAGUACAAGCCUGGGCUGGUGCACGUGAUGCUGGCCCUGUCCCUGCAGAUCUGCCUCACCAAGAACAGCACCCUGGAGCCUGUCAUGGCCAUCUACGUCAACCCCUUCGGGGGCAGCCACUCUGAGAGCUGGUUCAUGCCCGUGAGUGAGGGCAACUUCCCUGACUGGGAGAGGACUAACGUGGACGCAGCCGCCCAGUGCCAAAACUGGACUAUCACCUUGGGCAACAGGUGGAAGACCUUUUUUGAGACGGUCCACGUUUACCUACGGAGCCGAAUCAAGUCCCUGGACGACAACUCCAAUGAGACAAUCUACUACGAGCCCCUGGAGAUGACUGAUCCCUCCAAGAACUUGGGCUACAUGAAAAUCAACACCUUGCAGGUCUUUGGUUACAGCCUGCCCUUUGACCCGGAUGCCAUCCGGGACUUAAUUCUCCAGUUAGACUACCCAUACACGCAAGGUUCCCAGGACUCCGCUCUCUUGCAGCUCAUUGAGCUUAGGGACCGGGUCAACCAGCUUUCUCCACCUGGCAAGGUCCGGCUUGACCUUUUCUCCUGCUUGCUCCGGCAUCGGCUCAAGCUGGCCAACAAUGAGGUGGGCAGGAUCCAGUCUUCUCUGAGGGCUUUCAACUCCAAGCUGCCAAACCCUGUGGAAUACGAGACUGGCAAACUCUGUAGCUAAUGGGGGACCCACUCCAGCACCGGGCAGGGAAGGGACCCAUGAAUCCAGGGUGUGGAGAUCAUCCAAGCCCUGACCUUAGUGCCAACAGGGUGCUCCCUGAAGACUGUCAGAACCCAGCAGAUGGGACCUCGGGGCUUGGACUGAAGCAGGCAGGAGAGAGAGAAAAACAACCACUGCACACAUGCACAACACACGUGCCCACACACACACACACACACACAUAUGCACCAGGAGGUGACCACUUAGCAGCCCUGAAGCUAUAAAGUCGGUGCUUUCUCAAAUGAAUGCAGUUGAAGGAGAGAAGCCAAGGGAGAUUCAGUAAAAGAAAGAACCAGCCAAACCCAGCAACACACAAAUCCUUGAAAGUGAUUCUUAUCAUUAAAGAGAGCAACACAGAACAACCGGAGGGGUAGGAACACCGCCUCCCCCUCUGUGGAGUCACUUUUGUAUUCUUUUUAACCAGAUUUCUUAAAAUGGCGCUGUUUCGUGAUUCCCCCA